GAGAUUUUAGGGAAAGCAUGAGUACCUUGCGGCCUGGGAAGAAGUGGGAAACAAAGCUGAGCAGUGCCGGCCUUAUAUUCCAUCACUUUGGUUGCCCCAUCAUUAAAGAAAUCCUCAAAGACAAAUACAAGUCCCUGGAGCAAGAGGAAUUCGAUAAAAUUGUGGACAGGGUCUUUGACCAAGUCUAUGAAAAUUUCGUCAAUGAAAUUGACGCCAUAGACAAUGGUUCGAAAAUUUGUGGACACCCGAAAUACCGUAUCGGGACCAACAUUACUUCCCGAGUGAGCCACCUCAACCCUUCAUGGGUAGAAGAAGAUCCUGAUGCUGAUAAAUGUUUUUGCAAAGCCAUGGAAAUGGUUAAAGAAGAAUUUAUCGACCGGGUCCGAUAUUAUGGAGAGGUAUGGUGGCCUGCUAGGGAGAAGGUUUCGACAGCUUUGAAAGCUUCAACUGACAAGAAGAAUCAAGAUAUCCUGGAGUUGGAAAAGCCAUUGCCCUGGAAAGAUCACUUGCUUGAGCUUGGAUAUCAUAGAAUCAAGUUUGUGAUAUUCCCUGAAUCGGAUACUGGAUGGAGGAUUCAGGCUGUCCCCGCCCAAGAAGGCGGGUCAAGGCAAGUACAGUUUUAUGCAUUCAUGGAGCUGAACACAUUGACUAUUUGGUUCCAGGUCACUUCUUCGAAAGACACUUCUUUGACUGGACGUUUCGACGAAAACCUUUCAAAGAAGCGUCAAGUUGAAGAAGUGAUGCUCUUGUGGCAUGAAUGGAGAGGGCUGCAUGGCCAAGAGUUGGAAGACAAGUCUGGAAUUGAAAAUAUCAUAUUUGUGCACCCAAGAGGAUAUAUAGGAGGGCACAGGGAUCGUGGUGGAGUCAUUGCUAUGGCUCAAAAAACUAUCACUGCUUAUGAAGUGCUAAUUGACAAGGCUGUAGAAGGAUUACAGGUGAAUGGGUCAGAGCAAAUCAUGGAGCUUGCAGAUGUGGGCUUUCCAUGGGUGGAAAGGAUAUUCCAAAGGGAAGCAGAAGGGAGGCUAAAAAAAGAUUGGAGAGGGCAUUCCAAGAAGAACCCACGGGAAUCAGCAGAGAUGGAAAAUAUAGAAUUUGUGAAAGAAGGUGGUGAACUUGGAGGGCAUACACUACGUGAAGGAGCCAUCUUGAUGGCGACGAAGUCCUUGAUGGCGCAUAGUCAAGUCUAA